GCUGCAUUGUAUAAAACACUCGAUAAUCUCUUUCAAAAAACACACACACUCAAGUGCGUUUGUGUGUCCGAGUCAAAAUGGGAAGAGCUCCUUGUUGCUCAAAGGUGGGUUUACAUAGAGGAGCAUGGUCCGAUGAAGAAGAUAAACUCCUUGCUCAAUACAUUCAAACACACGGUGAAGGCCAAUGGCGAUCUAUGCCUUCCAAAGCCGGGUUGCUAAGAUGUGGAAAGAGUUGUAGGCUACGAUGGAUGAAUUACCUACGGCCCGGAAUCAAGAGAGGAAACUUCACCGCGGAAGAGGAUGAAAUGAUCAUCCAGCUACAUUCUAUUCACGGAAGCCGGUGGUCAUUCAUAGCCUCCGAGCUUUCUGGUCGAACUGACAAUGAGAUUAAAAACUACUGGAACUCGCAUCUUAAACGAAAACUAGUCGAGGGUAACCAACCCGAAGCCGGUAAAAACAAUAAAAAACCAAGAAAGAAGAGAAAAACGGAUCAACAAAAGUCUAAGGAAGAAGUGAAAACCACAGAAAAAGAAAAGGAACAACAAGUUAUCCCUCAACCAGCUUCAUCUUCUUCUUCUUUGUUGCCUUCUUCUUCGCAAUCACAAUCGCAAUCGCAAUCAUCGAGCUCGACGAUGGAUCAAGUAGAGGCUGCUGAUUUACAGGUUCCAACAGACUUCUGUUGGCCGGAUUGGUCACCAUUGUUGGAUAUGGAUGGUGCAUCAAGCAUGGAUAUGACAUUGGAUGGUUUAGAUUUUAUGAUGAUGAAACAUGAUGAUAGUGAGAUGCUAGAGAAGCUGUAUGAUGAGUGCUUACUACUGAUCCAAGAUGGAGAUCAGUAAUUUUUUUUUAAUUUUUUUUUUUUUUUUUUUGGUGAAAGAUCAAUUAUGUACCAAAAUAAAGUUAAAUAAAAUAAACUUCUUUCCUCACUUCCCAA